UUUAUGAUACGGUUUCGAGUAAGUUCUGACGACAUUGAGCUGUGCGUCGAAGAAGUAAGCGUGGUUGUCAUAGUUGUUACAAUAAUCUAUUCAGCUUUCUUUAGUUUUUCUACCAGGAAUACAAGAUGAAAGUCGCUUUGGUGUUGGGUCUAGCUUUUUUCUGCUCGCUCUGGACAGGAGGGUUACUUCUAAAGUGCUCAUCUUGUUUCAGUACUGUUUCCUACGAAGACUGUCAAAAUAACCUGACAGUAAUUAAUUGCAGAACAAACCAGAAAUGUUUCCAGGUGGAAGCGAGAUCUGCGAAUGGAUCCGAUGUAGAAGUUUUGGUUCAAAAGGGAUGUCUUAAUGAAGAGGACUGUGCUGCUUACAGACAAGGGGACAAUUCCUAUUGCAAUGGUAAGAGAAGUGACAACUAUACAGUAGACUGCAAAGGAGAGUGUUGCUCUAAUGGUGAUGAGUGUAACAAGGAGAGUCUUCUCAACCCAGAUUUGCCUUUAAUGUGCUCAUCUUGUUCAAGUAGUGUUUCCUAUGAAGAUUGUCAAAAGAAGUUGACGGUAGUUAAUUGCACUGACCCCAAUGGGGUAUGCUAUCAGGUAGAUGAAAAGUACAAGAAGGGAGAUGAGGUAACAAUUGUUAUUAAAAAGGGAUGUGACAAGAAAGACUUCUGUAAUGCAUACAGCAAAAGGGACAUUGGGGAGUGUAAAACAAAGGAAGCACAAGGCUAUUCAGUGGACUGCAAAGCAAAGUGUUGCUCAGAUGGCAAUAAGUGCAAUGAGGGAAAUCUUCUGCCCAACCAAGGACCAGCAUUUGUAAUCAGUGUAAUGGUCUUGUUGCUUAGUUUGCUUUUGACCCUUGUUAGUGUUAAUUGAUUUUGAAAAGCUUCAAUUUCUUGGACUUAUGAACCUUUAAAUCUCUUGUUAAGGGAUGCAUUUAGAAAUCCUUGUUGGCUUUUAAAAAAAUUUCUAGAUUCUCUUUAACUUGUUGACCUUUAAGAGUGACUUAAAUAUCAAACAUUUUUUUGUGACAAGAAUAAGGGAAAUAAUCACUGACUAAAGAAGUUCUUGAUUAUUAAUCAAAUUCUCCUUGUCAGCACCUUAGGAAAUGUAUAGCGAACAGUAUGGAGAAUAUGCAUACUGAUGUUAGGCUGUAAAGGGUUUUAAAGCAUUGGGUGUUCAUUGAGCAUCAAUUCAUCAAAGACCAUGCAUCUAUGAAGCAGAAUCUUCAAGUUAAAUUUUCUUGGCCUAAGCCAAUUUUUUUUUUUGUUAGACAUGGAGAAUAUUCUUACUUUAUGCUGUUCUCUAUGAUGUACUUUUUCUACUUUUCAUAAUGAAAACUGUACUAAAUUCCUUUCUUUUAACAAAUAUAUUAAGGAGGAUUUGAUGUCAGGGUUACAUACCCAGGGAUUUCAUUUAUUUUGGAAGUAGGCAUAUAUUAGGACCUAAAUAGGACAAGUGUGUACGAGUUACGGUGUAAGGGUAUUUUAAAUCAUAAAUCAUAGGGUUCAAUGAAAUAGGGGAUAGAAGUGGAUGGGGGGGGGGAAUUUCUCCUAUGACAUGUUGACGUAAAAGGGAAAACAAUUUUUUUUUAGUUAUACUUUUUAUAUCAGGUGUUUUUUUUUUUGUUUUUUCAACAUUCCUUUUUUUUCUUUUUCUUUUUUUGGGGGACUUGACCAGUUUAUUUUGAUUUAUAUACCAAAUUUGGAAGCAUUAAGUUUAAACUCACAGGCUUCUUUACUGUUCAAGCCAGAUCAUGUGAGAAUUUACAAGGGUUUGGUACAUUUAAUAAAAAAUAGCUGGUUCAUGACUCAAGUAACACUUGAUGUAUGCAGAUGAACAACAAUAGUAUUAGAUUUCCAAUAUUUGUCUGAUUUAUUUCCAAGGACAUGUCAUUUAGGAGAACGAUUUUGAACUUUUUGUCUUUAUAAUUAUCAUUAUAUUGGUCAUUUAUGAUAUAGCCAAUUGAUUCUAGAUACUAGUGGUGUAUGCAUGUAUUGAUGAUGUAUUUAUUAAAGUAAAUGAGUCAAUGUGUAAAGAGCUUUUUAGAGGUUGACUUUAUAGGCUAUGCUAGUUUGUGGUUUAAAAUCAAUCAGCAAUUAAGGAAGUGCAUACAUUCUUUUGUUUUGAACUGUGUGUGUUCGUUCCGUUCUAUAGCCUUGUCAAUAGGCUCUCAUGCACACUGGUUCUUGAGGAUCUUGCAGGCUUUUCAUAAGCACUGUCUAAAUUUACCUGUCAGCAGGAGAUCUGCAAAAUUGUGGCACAAGAAAUACCACACAGACCUUCCAGGUGGCUGUACCCUAUGAGAGCAUGCCUACAGUUUACUCAUUCUAUGGCACAGAGUUAUUGUUCUCUAACAAUAAAGGAUAUAUUGAGUAAA